GAAAAUUUAUUCUUAAACAUUGUUUUUCUUGUGAAAAAAUUGCUUUGCACUUCCUAUGUUUUUCAGCAUUUCAGGAUACAAUAAACAAUGCAAAUACGUUGUAAAUGCGGUGCAAUUUUUUUGCAAGAAAAACCAUGUUUAAGAGAUUGUAAUAAAUUUUCUCAAAAAGUAGAAGAAUUAAACAUUCAUUUGAAGUAAAAAUUACACUCCUACGAUAAUUACACGAUUUUUAAUUAAUUUUUGAAAAUCGCAAAUCUCCCAUAAGAAUACAUGUAACGAAAAAUUAUGUCCUAGUUUCGUUGUAGUUCUGUUUCCACCGCUAGAUGGCGACUACUUUGCUGUCAAGUGCGAAUAAGUAUUUUAUGCAAUUUUGACGAAUUUUCGUUCAAUUUUUCAGCCAUUUUCAAGGUUUGUUCUGCCGUUUGAAUAAAGUUUCAUCGAUUAUUUAGAUAACUUUUCGCCAUCAUCAUCAAGUUCCAAAAGUUCAAAGCUUCCAAGUUUAUUGAGCGACCAAAUUUUUUUUCAAUAUUUUUUAACACUCAUUACCUAGAAAAUGGCUGAACCGAUUUCGAUGAAACUUGAAAUCUCACUAGGCCAGCACGAUUCCUACGAAGUAGUAAUACUUACGACCCUCAAUUUUUUGGUGAAUCAUUCAUGAACGAAUUGAUCAAUUUUUUGAGAGAACAGAGAACCAACCGCCAACGAAUCGAUUAAUUCUUUAAUUUAUGAAUUAAUUCGUUUGCGAAUGAUUCACAAAAAAUGAUUCAAUUCGUUCGUGAAUGAUUCACCAAAAAUUGAGUAAAUGAAUCGAUUCGUUCGCGAACGAGUCACUUGUACGAAUUGAUUCGUUCGCGAACGAGUAGCUUAUACGAAUCAAUUCCUUCACGAACGAGUAACUUAUACAAAUCAAUUCGUUUGCGAAUGAUUCACAAAAAAUAAUUCAAUUCGUUCGUGAAUGAUUCACCAAAAAUUGAGUAAACGAAUCGAUUCGUUCGCAAACGAGCCAUCUAUACAGGGUGCUCAGAAAUAUCGAGUACCCCAAAGAAAGUUUUCCAUUAAAAAUAUAGGUUGGCAACGUGAAAUAAUAGAUGCAUAUGAUUGGUGGAAUGUUAUCUCUCCAGUCGAACAACCAAUCAUGUGCUAUCAUUAUUAUCAUUCGCUGUGACCAACCAAAGUACCUAUUUUAUUUUAGUAGAAAACUUUUUUAGGGGUACUCGAUAUUUCUGGGCACCCUGUACGAGUACGAAUCGAUUUGUUCGCGAACGAGUCACUUGUACGAAUCGAUUCGUUCGCGAACGAGUCACUUGUAUGAAUCGAUUCGUUCGCGAACGAGUCACUUGUACGAAUCGAUUUGUUCGCGAACGAGUAACUUAUACGAAUCAAUUCGUUCGCGAAUGAAUGUUUAAAAAAAGUGGAUCAAUUCGUUCUCGUAAAAGAUUUUUAUUUUACGAAAAGUCAUUUGAUUUUAGAUUAUUUUCAAUCAUUAAGGCAAUGUUUUAUGACUCUUGAGUUUUAAUGCAAUUUUAUUAUUUUUGGUAUUUAUUCGGGAUAGUUUCUGGAAAACGAUGUUACCUGAAAGCAGUAUCACCACUUUUUAAAGCGGUUUUAACGUGAUUUCUUUUGAAAUGCAGAAUUUUGAUAAACAUAAUAAUUAUAUAAUGCUUGAAUUAAAUUAGAUAAGUAGGUACCUACCAUUCAAGUUUCAAAGUGCAUUUCGGAAUUCGUUUGUCAAGUUAAAGUUGAUGACCUGAUUUUAUUUGUUAAUUAUUCAAAAUUGUUGAAAAAAUUCCAGGAAGGUACAGAUGAAUGAAAUUCAAAGCUUAUCUACUCGUAAUUUCUGAUAAAGCCAAAGUUAUCAUUUACACUGGUGCUUGAGGUUGUAAAAUGAUGAACGAUAUGAUUCUCAUUUAUUAUUAAGUAAAAUAUGCAUUUCAUGUCGUAGGUACCUAAUUAUGCUUUAAAAUUUAACUUUUCAUGACGUUCAAUUUCAGGGGAAAAAACGACCAAGAAUGAUAAUAAUUUUCAUGACUCGGUUUAAAGCAACUUACCUACUCGUAUCAUCGUAGAAACGAUACAGUAAUGUAAUUUUCAAAAAACCACGUCAGUCAUACAAUUUGAACAGAUGUUCUCGUAUGUAGUUUAUAGUCUAGUGCGAGUGCACGCAGACCAAUGUUAUCGUAUCGUAAAUUCAGUUCUAAAUAAUUAUAGUAUUUUUCAUUCGGUUCCAAUUGUAGUAAUUUAUGUGUAAAUGUGCGGGCCUUUCGCGUAGCCCUAUUAAUAAAUUUAUUUGUUAAAAUGUGAAUAAUGGUCUAGGUAUUUUUGCGCGUUAUUGAUUUAUUAUCUAUUUAUUUUUUAAAUUAAUGAUCGAACUAAUUAUGUGAAUUGAUUAACAAACAAAAUAUGUGACGUUCGAACUUACCACAUUAAGUAGGUAGAGUGUCCUCCCCCAAUUAUUUUUAAAAAUGCGUCCCCGAUUAUUUAACCCAUUACGUCUGAAUCCAACAUGGCUACGAUACAUCACGGUCGAACCAGCUUUGAUAUUUUUCGCCAUCAGCCACAUCCUGUGCGAUUUCCUCAACACGAAUUUAUACCUGCAGAAAUCGUGUCGAGACGAUAAAACUCGCGAACCAGACUUGAAUACAUUUUGCGACGAUGAAAGACGAGGCAUCACGUACGUGUCUUGGAUCAACACGAAUUUCGUCUGUUAUAAAAUGAUCUUAACCGUUCUCUGCGCCGCAUUGGUAACCAGCUGGAGUGACGAAGCUGGCAGAAGACGUCGUCCCUUGAUCUUGCUCCCAAUUGCUGGACAAAUCCUGGAAUCUGCCUCCGGUUGUGUGCAGUCUUACUUCUGGCAUUGGUCUCCGAUCGACGCGGUUGUGUCGAAUUUCAUUAUCCAUGUGCUCUUCGGAGGCAUGACUUUGUUUGGAAUCGGUUGCUAUGUGUAUAUUUGCGAAACAUCAUCGUUUGAAAAUCGUACCAUGAGAUUGGGUAUCAUAUCGGCUAUCAAAAUGGUAUGCACUCCUGUCACCAAUGGGUUCGCUGGAUUCGUGUUUAGGCAGAUUGGAUUCUUGCAUUGUUACCUUUUAUGCCUGAUGUUUAGCUUGAUCUCGAUGCUCUAUGCUGUUACAUUUAUCAGAGAUACCAGCGUACCUAUCAAAACCACUAGUACAGUUUGGAAGUCAUUUAACUUGUGCAAGUUACCGGAGAAUUUUAAAGUUGUGUUUAAGAAGAGUUUGGGUCAGAAGAGGAUCAUUGUUGGGAUCUUACUCAUGAUACAAGUUUUAGUCGUAUUCGCUACAGAAGGAGAGAAAAGCAUUUUUUAUUUGUAUUUUAGAUACGGAUUCAAAUGGGAUGAAAGAACCUAUGGAUAUUACAUCGCUUAUAAAUUGGUUGGUGUGAUUGUAGGUACCAUAUUUUGUUCUGUGAUAUUAAGCAGAGUGUAUAAAAUUCACGAUGGUCUGAUCGGAGCUUUCGCUGGAUUUUGGGAUACCAUUGCUGUCCUGUGUUAUUUAAAUGCUGAUCAAACUUGGCAACUUUAUACGAUUCCUUUAUUGGAUAUUUUUCAUGGAGCUGCUAAAGAUGCAUAUGGAUCUUUUCUCAGCAAAUUUUACAGUGAUGACGAAUUUGGACGACUGAGCUCAGUGAUCAUGACAUUCGGUUUGAUCGUUCCAAUCUGCCAUCCGAUUUAUAAUACUGUGUUCCGAAGUACCAUGGAUUACUUCCCUUCUGCAUUUUUCAUGAUAAGCGCCAUCGUCGACGUUCUAGUGUGUUUUUUAUACGGAUGCACUUACGUAUUAAGCAAGAAAAUGAUUUAGAAGGGUUGGAAUUCUUGAAGAAUUAGCGAAAGAUUUAUUCGUGAAGAGUAUUUCAUUAUCUCACUUGUUCCUGACAUCGUAUCUUUCGUUUUGAUACUAUCUGUUGUUUUAUUUUUUUAAAUAAAUUUUUCGUACAUUAAAUUCCUUAAGAUCAGAA